GGGGCGGAGGCCAUGGUGUUGGAGAGUGUGAUGUUUGCUAUCUUGGCAGAGAGGGAGCUUGGACCUAAACUAUAUGGCAUUUUCCCUCAGGGCCGGCUGGAGCAGUAUGUCCCUAGUCGUAAACUGGACACCUGUGAGUUAAGCGACCCCAGCAUAUCAGCAGAAGUUGCAGAGAAGAUGGCCAAGUUUCAUGUAAUGAGAAUGCCCUUCAACAAGGAACCCAAGUGGCUGUUUGGAACCAUGGACAAGUAAGUCAUUUGAG